AUGCGUGCUGAAAUCGAAUGGGCACAGACACGAACCAAGAUUGCUGAAGAAGCGCGAUCACUCGUUCAGCAGCUGAUUACUGUUGAUGAACCGAUUCUGAAGAAACUUGAGGAGGAUGCUCAGCUGUAUUGCUCGCUGUCAGCUCUUCAGAAAGAAGUCGACGCUCUACGUGCGGAACUCGAAGGUCUACCUUCUGCCGAAGAGGCUUUGCGAAUUAUUGAUGAGUCGAAGGAAGCCGCUAGAGAAGAGGAGGAUCUGGAUGACCAAAUAUUGGAUUUGGAAAUUGAGGAACUCCGUCUGGAACAUGAGGCAGCCACACUCAGAGGAAAACAAUUGCGCGAGCAAAAUGCGAUGCUAAAAGAAUGGGCUGAUGAUAUGGAAAGGAAUGAAGCAAGAACACGCACCCUCUUGCGCGAGAUUCUAAAUUUCAACGUCGCACGUUGA